AUGGCCCCGCCGAGGCUUCCGGACAUCAACGCUAUCCUACAUGACCUCGAUCUGAGCCACAACCAGUCCAGAUAUCCCAUACUGGGCACACACGGACCUUUCGAAUCGAACGGUGCUGUUGGAGGCACCGACCGCCACCCCUCCAUUUAUAAGUUUGAUGGGCAUAGCGAGGCUCCUUUAAGGCAUUUCUCUCGCUUAUUCCCUAUACCCACCACCACCACCUCCUCCUCCUCCUCCUCUAACGACGACUCUUACGACCUUGAAUACACCCACAUCAGUAUGGAUAGUUGUCCCGAAGAAGAUCAACUCAAUUUCUGCAAAGUAAUCGUGUCCAACCCCGAUAUAUCAGGCAUAGGUGUCCGAGUUGCAAUCUAUGCGCAAACAAUCAUGAGCAUGAUCAUUGCCUCAAUCUUACCAUACCAUGAAAAAGCAUUUCGGGAUACAUCGCGAAACUGCUAUGUAGUGUCGACAAGCUUGAUGAUCGCUUCUCUAAUCGAGCUAAAGACUCAUGAACUUAGUCUAUUUGACGCUUUGAUUGUGACAAUGCUUACGACUAUUAUGACAGCGUUCGUCACGGUGAACACAGCCUAUAUUCGCACUCUGGGCCUGUCCAUCAAUAUCUCCAGUUUUCUGUUCACUACCUUCUGGGUCUACUGGGGUCUGCAAGUAUGGAACGAUCCCAAAACCUUCGGGAUUCCCGAGGGUGAGGAGAACUGUAAUGCUAGCAUCGACACCGUGUUCGUCGUAUUCGGUCACAACGUCAGCGUAACAAACAGCGGUCUGCGUGGGUUCGCCAUGUUCAUUUUCGCAAUCGGGUCGAUCUCUGCUCUGGCAGCGCUCUGGCAGUGCAUAACCUGGUCACUCCGAUAUAUUGUUGGUACUGCAAGGACAGCUAAGGAAAAUGCUGCUGCACGAUAUGCUAGAGAACUUCGCCACCGAAGGGCUCGCUCGGGUGGCAAAGGGCAGCAUAUGACCCGGUUUGGGGGCACGGUUGGAAUGAUCUACAUGAUCGUUACAACAGAACAAAUCGUCCAGCGCAACCCGGACGUGUCCAAACAAGUCAAUGGGCGAGAGCUAUAUAGACUGAAGAUGACCUUCGCGCGUCUUUUGAACACUACCCACGCGCCCUACGAGCCAAAGGACAUGAGCAUGUCCAGCUGCCCUUCCGAGCUUGGACCUGAUUUUUGUACGGUCAUCACGCCUAAUGCUGAUAUCUCUGGAAAGGGGGUCCGGAUUGCACUUUACUCCCAAACUCUUCUUACUAUGGCCGUGGCUUCGUUCAUACCAUACCAUGAGAAGGCAUUUCACAGCACAGCACGAAACGCGUACAUCGUGUCAACCAGCUUGAUUAUUGCAUCGCUCAUCGAAACGAAGACGCGUGGAUUGAGCACCCCUGGCUACACAGCCUCCACUCCCCUUCACUCGCCCAUCAUUACCUCGCGCACUCCCACUUGCUCCUCGUCCCGGGCAUCUUCCCACGCUGGCCGCUCCUACCCGCCAACACAUACCAUGGCAACCCGUUCCCGGCCAGCCUCUCAAACCCGCUCCCCAAUCAAUCAAGGGGAGUUGGGACCCCACCUUCCGACAGCCCCCUAUGUCGAACUUGGGGAAGUAUCCCUCGAGCAAAUCACAAGUCUCCUCCUUGGCCUCCUCGGCCAAGUUGAGAACCUCGAACAAAAGGUGGAAGAAGUCCGAGAAGCGGGAGUCGAGGCCCGCACCAACCUUGAGAACAUCUCUCAAGCCGUCGAUACUGUCAAGGAUGGGCUUAGAAGCCUCCAGCUCCACGGGCCCAGGACCCCAGAAGACACAAAACCCCCGGCCGUGGAAGCAACGCCACGCCCCCUACCAAAAGUCGACCCUAUUGGAUCGACUAGUUGGGUCUCAUUCUGGCCCGAAUUGUCCAAGGGGCUCCCCGUCUUUGCCCAGCCCACUCCCAUACGAGGAGUACCCCCGCGAGUCCCAUCUCCCCCUCCAUCUCCGGCUCUCCAAUCCCCGAUCGGGACAUCUGCCCCUCCACCUCCGGCUCCAGUCGCCGCCUAUCCUACCCCGGUCAAAGUAGACCACCCAGAUGCCUAUACAGGCAAGAUUGGGAGUGAAGCCAAACAAUGGCUCACCAGGAUGUUGGCAUGGACCCAAUUGAAUUCCCGCAUGUUUCCCACGGACCAAGAGGUCUUAUCAUUCCUUCUCAUGAACAUGAAGGAUUCUGCGGGAGCAUGGGCCCAUCCGCACCUCGACCAGCUCGGGUCACACCAAGCCAUCAUCCAAACGGUCGAAGGUUUCAAACUGGAGUUCCUGGCAGCGUUUGGCGACCCUGAUGCCACAAGGGCCGCCGAGCGGAAAAUAACCUCCCUUACCCAAUCCGGCACAUGCGCGGAUUAUAUUACAAAGUUCAGAACCCUAGCAAUGGAACUGGACUGGAACGACGCGGCCCUCCGAGGCCAGUUUGCCCGUGGCCUCCACUGGGAGGUCAGCCGGCAAAUCGCAACCCGUGAGCACCGCCCCCGUACCCUCUUAGAGCUGCAAAACGCAGCACUUGUCAUCAAUAACGCCCUCCGAGAGGAGCGUGCUAGCCAUCCGCCAAAGGAUAGUAAGUCUAGCAGACCAACUAACCCCGCAAGGGGGACGAGUACCGGCCAGCCAAGCACCGGUUCUAAGAAGCUCUCUGACAAUCCAAACUUUGUAUCGGAAGAGGAACGAAAUCGCCGCCGCGCCGCUGGCGCCUGCAUCAAAUGCGGCAAAAUGGGCCACAAGUUCGCGGAAUGCCGCACGGGAUGGAAGGCUACCCCUAUUGAGGACAAAGGGAAGGCCAAAGAAGCCGCCAAGGUUGGCGAAGACUCCAAGUACCAAUCGGGAAAAGAUAACAAUAGAAUCUCUCCCCUUUUUACGAUUUCAAUUAAGCCAGAGAAGCAAGCGGAAACACUAGAAGUCCUGAUAGACUCAGGCGCCACAUCAUCAUUUCUCCACCCCCGUACCGCCGAGGCAUUACGCCUACCCCUCAUAGAUCUACCACUACCCCGCACCGUCACUAUGCUCAAUGGGUCGAGCCCCCAGGCUGGCAAAAUCUGGAAGAAGGCUAACCUAACCUUCUCCUUUGAUGGCAAACGCAUGACUGAGACAUUCCUCAUUUGCAACACAGGGUCUCACGCCGCCAUCUUAGGAUUGAAAUGGUUGGAUGCCCACAACCCGGAAAUAGAUUGGAAUACGCGCACCCUCUCCUUCCCGCAUACUCCACCAGAACAUGUGGCCAUCGCCGAGGAGGAAGAAGCUGACAAGAACCCUCUUGAAGGAGUACCCCCUGAGUACCAUCAAUAUGCUAAGGUAUUCGGGGAAGAAGAAUUCAAUAAGCUUCCCCCCCACCGGCACUAUGAUAUUGGGAUUGAACUGACGGAAGAAGGACCCCUGAACUCGCCUCUCUAUAGCAUGACCGACGCCAAAUCCGCCACACUCAGGGAUUGGCUCAGGGACGAGCUCAAAGCGGGCAAGAUUAGACCCAGCAAAUCCCCUAUUAGUUCCCCCGUCAUGUUUGUCCCAAAAAAGGAUGGUUCCCGCCACUUAGUAGUUGACUACCGUUGCCUCAACAAUCGGACAAAGAAAAAUGUGUACCCACUGCCCCGUCCAGAUGACCUCAUGGCCCAGCUCCGUGGUGCCAAGAUUUUCACUAAACUAGACCUAAGAUGGGGUUACAACAAUGUCCGUGUCAAAGAAGGUGACGAGUGGAAAACUGCUUUCCGUACCAAGUAUGGGUUGUACGAGUCCCUAGUAAUGACAUUUGGCCUAACUAACGCUCCCGCUGCCUUCCAACACUUCAUGAACGAACUGUUCAAAGACCUGCUUGAUGUAUGCGUCAUCAUCUAUCUCGAUGACAUCCUGAUCUACUCUAAGGAUGACGCUUCCCACACACAGCACGUACAUGAAGUUCUACAGCGCCUGAUGGAUAACCAAUUGUUUUGCAAGGCAUCAAAGUGUACCUUCCACGUCACAUCUGUAGAAUACCUAGGGAUCAUUGUGUCAGACAAAGGUUUUAGCCUGGAUAGGCUCAAAAUCCAGGCGGUACAAGAGUGGCCUACGCCCACCAAGGUCAAGGAAGUUCAGUCAUUCUUGGGGUUUGCAAAUUUCCUCCGCCGGUUUGUCGCCAAUUUCAGCCACAUGGCCAGGCCAUUACAUAACCUGGUCAAGAAGGACACCCCUUGGAAAUGGGAUGCAAAGGAACAGGAAGCCUUCCAAGGUUUGAAGGACGCGAUCACCAACGCCCCUGUCCUCUGCCAUGCCAAUCCUACCAAACCCUACUUCCUGGAGACGGAUGCAUCCGGCGCGGCCCUUGGUUCUAUACUCAGUCAACGGCAGGAAGACGGUUGCCUACACCCCCUUGGUUUCCUUUCCGAAUCAUUCAAAGGAGCCGAGCAAAACUACGAUACACACGAUAAGGAGCUCCUAGCGAUCAUUCGCUCCUUUGAGUAUUGGCGCAUAUUUUUGGAGGGGACCCUACAUCCCAUCACCGUAUUCACCAAUCACCGUAACUUGGAAUACUGGAAGGAAUCUUGGACCUUCAACCGCCGCCAUGCACAAUGGCAUCUCCUCCUGGCAGGCUACAACUUCCAAAUUGUAUAUAGGCCCGGGAAACAGUCAGGGAAGCCAGACGCCCUGUCAUGA